GCCGACAGCGAGCCGGCCGGCCUUCCCCUCACGCCGCGCCACUCCCAACUUGCGUUCGCUAUAACCCACUCGCAGACGAUGCCCCGCAUUCCCCUCUGCUUCCCUCCUCCCCUGCCCGCGCGUUCCCACUCCCCUGCCCGCGCCGCCACCGCUCUGCUGCCCGCUCGCGCCGUGCGCCGCUCGGGGGGCUUCGUUACUUGAACGGUGAGCUAGAGCGAGCAGGUUGAUGAGUGCGUCGGCGGCCGGCGACAGCCUCGUCUAGAGCGAGUCGUUCCGUGGCCGGCAAUGAGGGUGUACAUCACGGCGGCCGCUGACGAAGUGGCGAUGAAGCCCAAGGCGGAGCCGCCGCAGCCUCAGCAGCAGCAGCAGGCGGCGGCGCGGCGCGGGUGCCGCUCCGCCGUCGUCACGGGGCUCCUCGCCGGGGUGCUCUUCCUCCGCGCCGCGCUCCUCGCCGUCGAGGCCGGCGCCUCCCUCUGCCCUUCCGCGACCGGGUGCCCGGACUGGCGGGCGGGGCUCGGGCGCUGGCUCCACGGCGGCGACGCGAUGGAGGAAUUCAUGAAGGAAUGGAGGAGGACUCACAGGGCGGCGACCCUGUUGGAUCCCGUGGUGGUGGAAGCGGCGCCGGACUCCCUGGACGCGCUCAAGGCGGAGAUGGGCGCGAUGCUGGCGUCCUACGACGGCGGCCGGCUCGACAUGGAGGCCGUGGCGGUCAAGAUGAUGGCCAUGCUGUUGAAGAUGGACCGGAAGGUGAAGAAAUCAAGGGUCCGGGCGCUGUUCAACCGGCACCUGGCCUCGCUGGGCGUCCCCAAGAGCGUGCACUGCCUCACGCUGCGCCUGGCCGAGGAGUUCGCGGUGAACUCGGCGGCGCGCUCCCCGGUGCCGCCGCCGGAGCACGCGCCCCGCCUCACCGACGCCUCGUACCUCCACGUCGCGCUCGUCACCGACAACGUGCUCGCGGCCGCCGUGGCGGUGGCCUCCGCCGCGCGGAGCGCCGCCGACCCGGGCAGGCUGGUGUUCCACGUAGUCACGGACAAGAAGAGCUACGUGCCGAUGCACUCGUGGUUCGCGCUGCACCCUGCGUCGCCCGCCGUCGUCGAGGUCAAGGGCCUGCACCAGUUCGACUGGCGCGACGGCGGCGUCAUCGCCUCGGUCAUGAGGACGGUCGAGGAGGUGCAGAGGAGCUCGCUGGACUAUCACCGGUGUGGCGGAUCAGCGGAGAGGGAGCACAGACGCCUCGAAGCGUCCAAUCCGAGCACGUUCUCGCUGCUGAACUACCUCAAGAUCCAUCUCCCAGAGUUCUUCCCUGAGCUUGGGCGGGUGAUGCUCCUCGACGACGACGUCGUGGUGCGCAAGGACUUGACCGGGCUGUGGGAGCAGGACCUCGACGGGAACAUCAUCGGCGCGGUCGGCUCUCACGAUGGCGGCGGCAUCUGCGCCGACAAGACCUUCGGCGAUCACCUGAAUUUCUCGGAGCCUGCCGUGUCAGGCCUCCUCGGCUCGCAAUGCGCCUGGUCGUGGGGCGUCAACAUCGUCGACCUCGACGCGUGGCGACGAACGAACGUUACCGAGACGUACCAGCUCUGGCUACAAAAGAACCGGGAGUCGGGAUUCAGGCUGUGGCAGAUGGCCUCGCUGCCGCCGGCUCUGAUCGCGUUCGACGGGCGCGUGCAGGCGAUCGAGCCGCUGUGGCAUCUGCCGGGCCUCGGCUGGCGCGUGCCGGACCCCGAGGUGGCGCGCUUCUCCGCCGUCCUGCACUUCAGCGGGCCGCGGAAGCCGUGGCUGGAGGUCGCGUUCCCGGAGCUGCGGCAGCUGUGGCUCGGCCAUCUGAACGCGUCGGAUAGUUUCUUACGGGGAUGCGGUGUCGUCGAAUGGCAGUAAAUGGAGCAGCAGAAAAAUCGAGCCUGGAGGAAAACAAGUACAGUAAUUUGGUUCAGGAUUACCGGUGCAGAGCUGGGGGUUCUGGGAGAGGGAAGUAGGUGUUGCCUGCAGUCUCUCCUCACCUUCAGGCUCUGCAGUCUGCACACGAUGGGUAUAUUCUAGUCAGUUCAGUGUGACACUAGAACUGCUUGAUGUUAUAUAUACUGAAUUACUGACCAAGGGGGCCAGGGGGGCAUUUAUUCCGGACCACAGAGUACUUCACAAAACUUCCAGAGAAACCGUAAUGUAGGAUUCAUCUUCAACUAUAAGAUGUACAUGGUUGUUUAAAUAUUUAGUUGAUGUUCGAUAUGUUUCAUUCCA